GACUGCUCGGCUGCAGUGCCUCUGCUCCUGGACCCUUUGCUGCUGCUGCUGCUGCUGCCUUGCUGAGGAUGAGUCUCCCGGGAGGAGCGCCCCUUUUCCUGGGCGCCGAAGCGGUGGAGCGGCUCCUGCCCCGGGCCAGCCUCCUCCUGGGCCCCUUGGAGGCCGCCUUGGGCAACUUCUCCCGGGGGGAAGGCGGAGAAGGAGGAGUAGUCCAGCCCCUCCGCACCGUGGUCCCCAUCCAGAAGCACCGCGGCUUUUUAGGAGUCAUGCCCACUUACAGCGCCAGCGAAGAUGCUUUGACCACCAAGCUGGUGACCUUUUAUGAGCAGCCAAGUGACCCUACUGUUCCUUCGCAUCAAGCCACGGUUCUCCUGUUUGAUCCCAGCAACGGCACCCUCAAAGCCGUAAGUUUCAAAGGCCUUUUUAUACGUCAGACAUGCCUUUGAACGAGGUAACCUCUG